AUGAGUGUUACAGCAGACACAGUCAAGCGAGACACCGAGGACGUUGUCAAUGGCUCCUCCUCGGCCGCAAACCAGGAGACAGAUGACAACAACAACAGCAACAAUGUAGAGUCAUUGGACGAACAACAACAACAACAACAAGAAGCAGAAGCAUUAGACGACGAAGAAGAUCAAAUCGCGUCAAUCUAUCAAGCACUCCAAUCACCUACACUCAGAGACAAGCGUUCAACUCUUGAAAAGCUUAGGAGUAGCACAUCCCCUGUAUUAGAUAGUAGCAACAACAGCAAUAUCAGCACAACCAGCAGCACCACAAGCACUGCCACACCACAAAACAUCGUACAACAUGCAUCCGAGAUUACCGAGACUUCUUUGGCUACGUUGGCAGUCACCCGUGACUCGCGUAUCGUCCAAGUCGUAUUGGACACUGUCAGAAGUGUGUUGGAUACGGUUGCACAUGCCCCCGAGGGUGCCGACAAGGAUGCCGCCGUCACUGCCAUCGUCAACAACAUUGUCGCUCAAGCAAAGAAGCAGGUCAAGCCAGACUCUAGUCUCAAGUUCCCAUACAUCAGUCACUUGCUCACCGUCUCUAUCAUCGUCUUGGAGCGUUUACACCGCGCUCUCAAGGUCGACCAAAUCAACAUUUUGAUUUCAAACCAAUCCAAACUUUUAAAUUUACUUUCACUCUCACAAAUCAGUCAUGCUGAAUCUUCCUUAAUUCAUACUUUGAUUAAUAAUAGACCAGUUUAUGAAUUUUAUAAUAAUUAUGUUAAUAAUACAUCAGACGCAUUAUCAUCGGUACAGACAUUAUAUUUCAUUGGUAUUUUGAUAAAGUAUGAUGUUGCCAAAAGACAGUUGGUCAACACCAAGGACAUCUAUUUGAAUUACUAUAACAAGGUUAUUCUCAACUCGCCACAACCACUCUCUAUUGAAAACCAUCUUUAUUUCGAACCAUUAUUCAAAAUCAUGGAUUUAAAUGAUUUUACAAAUAUUAUCUUACCAACCAUUUCAAGAGUUAUCAAGAGAUCACCAGAUGAAAUUACUAUGAUUCUUACAACCAUUCUUGAAAAAUCCAAUUUUGAUAUUACCAAUCUUACCAAAUCACAAAUUACUCCACUUUUAAUUCCAGUUUUACAAAUUGCCUCUAUUCAAAAGAAUCUCCUCAAGCGGGUAUUCACGGCCAUUUCACAAAAAACAAAGGACAUUAAGAUAUUCACUUCCUCUGUUGAAGAUAUCCUUAAGGUUUUAUCUUCUCCAGGUAAUAUUAAUUUGAAAUUAAAUACAUUAUACGCACUUAAAGCAUUGUCAAACAAUACCUUUGAAUUGAAUGAAAAAUUAAACAUUUCAAAAAUCAUUGUACCAAUUGUUUCAACUUAUCUCGAAAAAGAAUUCCAAAAAAUUAAUAGAAUUCAAGGAUUUAAAACAAUUGGAGAAUGUUUAAAGUCUGACGAAGAUGCCAUCAAGACACAAGCCAUCAACGCCUUGUCGACAUCGUUUUCUAGCAAGGUCGACGCCAAGAAAUACGAAAAGAAAUUGACUGCCAUCAACACAUCGUUCACAGAGCCACUGCUCACGAUCCUCAAGAACAUCAAGAACCCAGCCACCUGCGAGACUGGUACUACUGCCGCCGUCGCCAACUAUAUCAUCUCUUUGGCUACUACCCCCACCGUCGGUGCCAAGCUUUUGGCCGACAAGAACAUCGUUCCAUUGAUCUAUGGUCAACAAUCAUUCUUGCACCAAAUUGGUUUCCUCAACCGUGUUGCCAAAGAAGACACUGUGCCAGCUGUCAUUGCCAAGGCGAUCGGACAAAUCAAGUCGUUUGCAUCGGUCAAGGGUGGCGACAAGUUUGUCUACCAGUCGGCGCUACAACUCGCUCUCCAUCCCGGUAACUGGCACGUGCGUCGCCAAGCCAUCGCCUCGCUUCGUACUCUUGUCAAGGAGAAUAGCGAGUUGACAAACGUAUUUUUCGUCGAGUAUGUCAAGUUGGUCGACACCAAGCAACAGCCACAAAACCCAACUCAACAACCACUCACCCAGUCACACUACAAUAUCAUUCUCAAGGCUAUUCUCUCGCCAUCACUUGAUGCCAAGCACUAUGCCACCUUGGCACUCGUGUCUAAUCAUCCAACCGUCGGUCGUGUCUGGCCACAAUGCAUGAAUCGUAUUGGAAAGACAUCAAUCGACAUGCUCAAGAGUGACACACUCCGUGAACUCGUCGCUCACCUCUUUGGCAGUGCCGGUCUUCUCAACAAAAAGAACCCACUCUACCAACAAGCUUUUAUCAAUACCAUUGCCGCUUUCACCACCUUUAAUAUUGCACCAGUGAUUGAGCAGUUUAUUGCCAACUUUAUCAAGGCUUUCAACCACGUCUCUACACUCAAGAUGUUUACUCCACUCCAACUCGCCAUUCUCGCACACCCAGAAGGUGACUUGUACGAGGAACACAAGACUGCCGUACAGACAUCGACUUCAAGUGAACGUCGUGGAAAGGCUCCCAAGGCAAAGAGUGCCGAGGAGCAAAAGGAAGAAGACUUUAAACGUCGUCUUGAAGAAAAGAAAAAGAAAGAGUCGGGUGAAGAGGAACGUCUUGCCAAAGAACGUCUCAAGGCCAUUCAAGAGCAGACAGUUGUUCGUCGUGACGUACAACAGUCGAUCGAGGUUGUGCAUGUUGUAUUGCGUGCCCUCGAAAGUAUGGUCCGUGCUUCACCACGUUUUGUCGGUGAGUUUAUCGGACCAGUCUACUUGAACCUUUUGGAUUUGUUCAAGAAUGACUUUGUGUAUGAGGCUGCCAAGUCUGUAUACUCUAGUCUUGCCUUGACAAUCCCACAUCGUUUCAAGAUUGGUCAAUACUAUGCUCAACAGUCGACCUAUCUCAUCGACAAUAUCCUCUUCCAUCCAGUCAUGUCGGAUAUGCAGGUCUUGUCGGCCAUCCAACGUACACUUGGCCAUCUCAAGGAAUUGUCGCAACGCGAGUUGUUGCCCGCAUCGGCAUUCAACUUUUUCUGGCCUAUUGUCAAGAAUGGUCUGGAAAAGACUAUUUCCUUGACCAUCCAAGAGUUGUCAAUGGAGAUUACCGAGCGUCACUCGGUGCCACAGUCCACACAAAUGUAUCCACGUGGUUCGAUGAUCUCGGCACUCAUCAUUGUCGUGUCGACCAGUCCACGUCUCGAAGAAAAGGCCAAGCGCUCGAUCUUUAACGUAAUUGGUGGUGUCGAGGAGACCGACAUCAAGGAGCUCAUGGAAGGACUCAUCAGUCCACACCACCAGGUGCGUCUGAUCAGUUUACAAGGUUUGGAGCGUAUCCCAUCGAUUCACUCACCCUCCUUCCCAUGGGAAGACCAUUACAUUGCCAAGUUGUGGUUUGCCAAGUUUGAUGCAGAGGUCACCACCUCGCAACUCGCCGAAAAGAUCUGGAACGGUACCAAUCUCCAGAUGACUCAAGACUAUUUGAGUGCUAUGAAGGAUUCGCUUUACAACACUUCUGCUGAAGUACGUACCAUCAACGCUGACGCUCUCAAGGCUGUCGCUGGCCUCUUCCCAGCUACCAUCCGUCAAGACGCCUUUGAUGUAUUGUUCCCACGUUUCGAGGAAUGUAUUCCCGACGAGAUUAGAGAUACAAAGGCAUUGCAAAAGGUUCGUAUCUCUAUUGCCACUGCAUUGUCUGGUCUUGGUGCUGCUGUCCUCUCGGCCGAUGACAUGCGUCACGUCUUUGACUGGAUCAUCCAGUACGGUCUUUCAGACGUGCGUGAGGAUAUACAACAAGAGUUUGUUGCUACCGGUUGCAAGAUCAUUGCCUCGGACAAGGGUAAAUUGUACUCGAACGAGUUGCUCAAGAUUUUCGAAGAGUUUUUGGCUCGUCCAGACACUGGAUCGGCCGAUCAAGACACAGUACGUGCUUCAGUGGUUGUGUACAUGGGAUCGUUGGCCAAGCAUAUGGAACCAACCAACCCACGUGUCGCUACCAUUAUCGACUCGAUUGUACAGGCUUUGGCCACCCCAUCAGAGCCGGUACAAAUGUCUGUCAGCAAGUGUAUCACACAAUUAUUACAACACUUUAAAAAGCAAGGUGAGCGUCUCAUCCCUAUCCUUUUCAACAAUAUCAAAAUGUCUCAAGACUAUGCUGAGCGUCGUGGAAAUGCUUUUGGUUUGGCCGGUGCCAUCAAGGGUCUCGGUAUCUCUUCACUCAAGCAAUACGAUAUUGUUGCUACACUCACUAGCUAUGUCGACGACAAGAAGCAUCCAUACACACGUCAAGGUGCUCUCUUUGCCUUUGAAUGUAUCUGUAGUACACUCGGACGUAUCUUUGAGCCAUAUGUCAUCCAAAUUCUCCCCAAGUUACUUGUUUGCUUUGGUGACAGUUCUGAAGACGUGCGUAAGGCUUGUGCUGAAACCGCUCGUGUUAUCAUGUCUCAAUUAUCAGGUCACGGUGUCAAGAUUGUUUUACCAGUCCUUUUGAAAUCACUCGACGAUCGUCAGUGGCGUACAAAGGAGGGUUCGAUCGAGUUGCUCGGUGCCAUGGCUUUUUGCGCUCCCAAGCAACUCUCUAGUUGUCUUCCAACCAUCGUACCAAAGCUCACCAACGUUCUCAACGACACUCAUAUCAAGGUGCAUCAAGCUGCCAGAAUUGCUCUUCAACACAUUGGAUCGGUCAUUCGUAAUCCAGAAAUCCAAAUCCACGUUCCACUCGUUCUCAAGACAUUUGACGACCCCGAUAUCUACUCGAGAGAGUUGUUGGAGAAUCUUCUCAACACCAACUAUAUCCAUACUAUCGAUGCUGCUUCAUUGUCUUUGAUUAUGCCAAUUCUCGAACGUACACUCAAGGAACGUUCGUCCGAGGUCAAAAAGAUGACUUGCCAGAUUGUUGGUAAUUUGUGUUCAUUGACCGAGCCAAAGGAGAUCGUACCAUACAUCUCUGUAUUGAUGCCAACACUCAAACAAGUGUUGCUCGAUCCAAUUCCAGAGGUACGUGCUAUCUGUGCCCGUGCUCUUGGUUUGUUGGUACGUGGUAUGGGUGAGGACAACUUUGUCGAUCUCGUUCCAUGGCUUUUGGAGACUGUCAAGUCUGACCAAGGACCAGUCGAAAGAAGUGGUGCUGCUCAAGGUUUGUCUGAAGUACUUGCUGCUUUGGAUAUUUCACGUUUCAAUUCGUUGAUUGGUGAGUUGAUUACCAUGUGCAACAGCACACGUCCACAUGUAAGAGAGGGUGUGUUGAGUAUGUUUAUCUUUUUACCCAUCUCACUUGGCAACCUCUUCUUGCCCUAUUUGCCACGUGUACUACCUCAAGUACUCAAGGGUUUGGCCGACGACCACGAGCCAGUACGUGAAGUAUGUAUGCGUUGUGGUAACUCGAUCAUCAACCAAUUUGCAGUCAAUGGUAUCGAGGUUAUCGUGCCAUCACUCGAACGUGUUCUCUUCCACGAGAACUGGCGUAUUCGUUUGUCGGCUGUCCAAUUGUUUGGCGAUCUCUUGUACCGUCUCAGUGGCAUGCCACCCCAAGCCAUCGCCGCUGCCGCCGCCGGCUCAUCCACCAACACCCCAGUCGAGGAGGAGAAGCCACAAGAGCCAUCCCCCGUCCUCAAGGGACGCAAGGGCCGCAAGAACGCCGUCCAAGAAGAGGAAGAGGUCGAGUCGUCCAACUCGCCCGUUCUCCGUGCCGACAUUUACAAGAUUCUCGGCAAGGAACGUCUCGAUCGUAUCCUCUCGUCACUCUAUAUGAUGCGUUUCGAUGUCAACUCAUCGGUCCGUCAAAAGGUACUCCUCAUCUGGAAGUUUGUUGUCAACAACACACCAAAGACACUCCGCGAGAUUCUCCCAUCGCUCGUCGAGAUGAUCAUCCAGUCGAUCGGCUCGUCCAAUAUCGAGAAGCGUCAAAUUGCCGCCAAGACACUCGGAGAUGUUGUCAGCAAACUCGGCGACCGUAUCCUUCCCGAGAUUCUACCAAUUCUCCAACGUGGAUUGGAUUCCGAAGAGGAAGAAACACGUCAAGGUGUCUGUAUCGGUCUCACUGAAGUUAUUUCAUCGGCUCGUUCAUUGCUCUUACCAUUCCUCUCGGCUGUUGUCGGAUGUAUCAACAAGGCAUUGUGCGACGAACUCGUUGAGGUUCGUGAAGCUGCCGCCAGAGCAUUUGACCAAUUGUACGCCACCUUUGGUAGCAAGGCUGGAAAUGAAAUUCUUCCACCACUCAUCCAAUUACUCGAUUCUCGUGACCCAAUCGUUGCUAGUAACGCUCUCGACGGUCUUCGUCAAAUCGUAUUGGUCAAGAGUAGCAUUGUCUUGCCAUUUGUCAUUCCAAAGUUGUUGGCCAAGCCAAUCUCCACAUCCAAUGUACAAGCACUCUCUGCAUUGGCAUCAGAUGCCAGUCAAGGUCUCUUUAACCAUCUCCCAACUAUCGUGUCGACAUUGAUUGAAGCAUUCACCUCUGAACACAUUGCCAACAAAAAGGAGAUCAAGGAGGCUGCCUCCAAGAUUUGCAAGUCUAUCGAUUCAACCGGUUUGGAAAUCCUUAUCCCAUUGUUGAUCGAGCAGACCGAGGUCAGAUUACCAGCUAUCCGUCUCGGUGCUUGCGAGUUGAUUGGCGAUUUCUGUGCUACCACUAGUCUCGACAUUGAAGAUCAAGUUGAGGGUCUCCUCGAGGGCUUGAUCAAGCUUUUGGACGACCCAGACAAGGCUGUGCAAGUCGCUGCCAACCAAGCCAUGGCUUUGGUCACCAAGACUGUGCGCAAGGACAACCUCCAAUUCCUCCAAGUCGUUCACAGCGGAGUCGAAGCACUUGUCGACGAGCUCGUCGAUGAAGAUGCUCUCAUUUCCGGUUUCUGUAUUCCAAAGGGUUUGGCAUGCGUCUUACCACUCCUCCUCAAUGGUUUGCGUUACGGUUCGGCCGAUCAACGUGAGCUUGCCACCACCACGAUGCAGACUAUCAUCAAACACACCUCGCAAGACAUUGUCAAGGGAUCGGUGAUGGAGAUUACCGGUCCACUCAUCCUCACCAUCGGUGACAAGUUCCCAUGGGGCGUCAAGUCGGCCAUCCUCGAGACACUCAGUCUCUUGAUCACCAAGUGUCCAGCAUCGAUGAAGAUCUUCCUUCAUCAACUCCAACACACCUUUAUCAAGGCACUUGGCGAUGCCCACAAGGUCGUCAGAAACAACGCUGCCAGUGCUCUCGGUCUUUUGAUGACAUUGUCACCAUCGGUCGAUCAGUUGGUCGGUUCGCUCAUUGUCGGUCUCACCACAGCCGACUCUACUUCGCAAGAGGUUAAAUUACAAGCUCUCCAAUCCAUCUUUGACAAGAAACCAAAGAUCGAUCAAGCCAACCUCGACAAGUGUCUUGCCACCGUCGUCGAAUUCCUCUACCAACCCGCCGAAGAGUUGCGUGUGCUCGGUGCCCAAGUACUCGGUGCUGCCUCCAAGUCAUUUGUGUCGAUUGACACUUUGGUCGCUUUUGUCAAGACCAGUCUCCUGUCGGCCAGUGGUACCGCCGGUGUCCGUUACGGUAAAUCAUUGGCAUUGAAUGAGAUUAUCAAGGUGUCUGGUCAAUCCCUCAUUGCACAGGGAUCACUCAACCAAGCCAUCAUCCAAACCUGUCAGUCUGACUGCAAGGACGACAAGGCCCAAAUCAGAGAAUCAUCGGCCCAUUUGGCCAAGUCCUAUCUCUUGCACGUACCAUCGGUCGCCUCUGACUUGUUGCCAUCGGUCUGCCACCUCAUCGGUGAUCAAGCCUCGUCUGUCGCCAUUACCGCCCUCAACGUCGUCAAAUCAUACACCAAGGCCAAUCCACAGGCUGUCAUUCCUUUCCUCAACAUCAUUGUUCCACCAACCAUGAAUCGUCUCAAAGAACGUGCCAACCUUCCUCUCAAGCUUGCCUGUGAAAGAAAUCUUGUACAUUCACUUCAAAUAUUCAAGGAAAGCUAUAUCAUGGACGACUAUCUCAAAUCAAUUCAAUCUGACCAGGUUUUGUGCACUCAAAUCACUGAUUAUCAUCGUCGUGUUUUAAUUAAAUUGGCUCCCGAUUCUGAUACUGAAUCGAAAUUUUAA